GGGCCCCGUUCCCGCCUGCCCGCCCCCCGCUGCCCGCUCAGCUCCGUUCCUCCGCCUCCCCGAUGACUGGCUGCGUUCGGCGGGGCGUGGGGGCUGCUCCCGGAGCUCCCUCCCCGCCGCCGUCUCAGAUCAGAGGAAGGUGCGAGGAGAGGGGGAGCCGGUUUACAAUUUCAAACGCAGCCUCCCCGCAGAGGGCUUCAUUAGCAUAUGUCAGGGGGACCGCCGUAUAUAUAUAUAUACACACGCGGGGCGUAUAAACACCACCGCGCCUCCUGGCUCACUCGACUCGGCUCGGCUCAGCUCAGCACGGCUCGGCCCUGCCGGCUCCCCAUGCUUGGGGCCCCGCUGCGCACCCCCACAUGCCCUCCGGGAGAGGCCGGCAGCCGCUUUCCGCCGCCGUGCCCUAGCCCGCUCGCCCCGCUCCCCCAUGGCUCCCCUGGCCGAGGUGGGGGGCUUCCUGGGCGGCCUGGACGGCCUGGGGCAGCCGGUGGGCGCCCACUUCCUGCUCCCGCCCGCAGGCGAGCGCCCGGCUCUGCUCGGGGACCGCCGAGCCCCGCCAGAGCGGGCAGCCCGUGGCGGCGCGGCAGCGGCAGCGGCGGCAGCAGCGGACCUAGCGCACUUGCAGGGCAUCCUGCGGCGGCGGCAGCUGUACUGCCGCACCGGCUUCCACCUGCAGAUCCUGCCCGACGGCAGCGUGCGCGGCACCCGCCAGGACCACAGCCUCUUCGGCAUCCUUGAAUUCAUCAGUGUGGCAGUGGGACUGGUCAGUAUUAGAGGUGUGGACAGUGGCCUUUAUCUUGGAAUGAACGAGAAGGGAGAACUUUAUGGCUCUGAGAAACUAACUUCUGAAUGCAUCUUUAGGGAACAGUUUGAAGAGAACUGGUACAACACUUACUCAUCCAAUGUGUACAAACAUGGAGAUUCGGGGCGGCGAUACUUUGUAGCACUGAACAAAGAUGGUACUCCCAGAGAUGGGGCAAGGUCCAAAAGACACCAGAAAUUCACUCAUUUCUUGCCCCGGCCUGUGGAUCCUGAAAGAGUUCCAGAACUGUACAAAGAUGUCUUAGGAUACAGCUGAGGAGGGAGGCUACUGUGGGGAAACCCCCCACACAAUGGAUCUGUUGCCCCUACUUUCAUGGCAAUACCAGCAUGAGAAACCUGCAGAGAUCUGGGAUGAUGGAUUGGAAGAAGCUACUUUGUGAUAGGCAAACAUCUAUUUUAUAACCUUUGGAUUUAGGAGACAAGCCUUAAAGCUGGCAGUGGACCAUCCUCCUUCAAACCUGCUGAACUGUUUGGUAGCCAGUAACCAGAGGGAAGUUGGAGUGUGACUUUUUAAAAAUAAGAAAAUCUUGGCAAAUUUGUCUGGAUUACCUGUAGUCUGUGAAUUAGCAGAGGGCUACCUGCAUCACACUGAUGAGAUGACAGCUGGAAGAAAUAGAAAUAAAUGGACUGUAAAAUAGUAAUAAAUCCUGAGAACUGUAUAUGAAGUCAUAGUGUCUCCACUUUAGCAAUGGAUCUUAGAUGUUGAUGCAUCAUAGAGCUGGAACUUUUCUUCAGGAUGGACCUAUUUAUACAUCUCCAGAUAGCAUAUAUUUAUUUUAUAUAUUUAUUUAUUAAAGAGUUUAUUUUUUACUGGGAUAUGAAGAGAAUACAAGCCCCUAACCCCAAUGAAAAAUCAUUUACAGUGCCAAUAUUUACACUUGAGUAGUAUCAUGAGGCAGAAAUGACAUUACAUUGCAAUGCAUCCAAACCCUGAACAUUCAUAUUUCAUUGCUUGUCAGUUACAGAUAAGGUUAUAUUUUAUGCACAUACCAUUGCCUUGUGACUGUCCUUAUUUUUUAAAAGAAUGUUUAAUUUUUAAAUUUUUUUACCUAUGAGAGUGCCUUACAGAUCUGUAUUGAAUUCCAAUGCACAUUUAAAAAGGGAAUUAAAGGUUAUUUCACUUUA